UUCCAACUAAGGAGAUUUCUGUGUAGAAACUAAUCAUAUAAAAAAAAAUUGUAAUCUUCCUCUGCUAUAAGUGACCUUUUGUUCGAUUUACCAUCGAAUUGAGUGCCCCCUCAGAACCAAGAUAAAAUAGGAUCAGAGACGGAUACUCAAGAGAUGAACAAGCCUAUUAUCCUAUUUGAAAACGAAAACGAAGGAAAACCAGAAGAAAAUGUGUCCUUAAUGCCUUGUUUUAUUGGUUUUGAUGGACCAGCUCCAGUUUCUGAAUUUUUUCAUAACAAAAUCUCAAAUAAAGAUGAUUCUAAUAAACUUUUGGCAUAUUUUCGAGGAAGAGAAUUGAAUGGAAGUAUACUACAGCUGCCUGAAAACUAUGUAGGUGAAUGUGUUGAAUUCCCAUUACUAAAGAGUGAGGAUCAUUCCUUCACUGGAAAUAAAUCAGAAAGCGAGGAUGAAGCAAAUGUUUCUGAUGAACACUGUCCGGCAUCAUCAACCUUUUCACAAUUUAAAAUCUGGGAUCGAGACGUAUCCACAUCUAUAGAGCAAAACAAAUGGUACAAAGGUGUCAUCGAGUGGACUCAGUUUGCAUCCAGAAUUGCUAGCACCGAAUAAAAGCGGGCAAAAGGUUUCGUUCUUCGAGAAAUCUUGGGAUAUUCACUUUCUUUUGGCUCUACUUAUUUUUUUUGCAUUUUAUUUUUUUCUAUUUUAACUUAAAAUCUUCAUCCAAACGGUUUGCCGAAUUUGUCUCCAGAUGAACUUUCAUUUAUUCUCACUUUCUUUUUCGCUAAUAGCAUAUGCUUAAUACUUGAUUAUAUCUUUAUGCUUAUAUUUAUUCCUUUCGUUGUAACCAAAGGCUGUUACUCUAAGCAGGUGACAGUCAAUGUCAAAUUCGUUCAACCAAAAGUUUUCAG